AUGCUCCAUGACAAGAACGAGUCUGACGCGAGCAGCACCAGCAGUAGUAGUAGCAGCAGCAACAGCAGUGACUCGUCGCGUUCUUCCAGCUCAACGGACGGUCCGAGCGUGUCCCUGUCACUCGUUGAAAGGCCUCAGCAACUCUCAGCGUUUAAGUGCAUUCCUCGUGUGGGUCCAAAAAUGGACUUUUGCGACAGUUUCGAUCGGGACACGAACAAUCAGGACAAGAUGGCUACACGCCAAGCGUCGCUCGUUGCGUGUCAAGAAGAGCCAGAGCACGAGCAAACCCUCAAGUGGCAACCGCCCCUCUCGAGUUGCUCGAUGGAAGAAGGCCCAUUGAUUACGAAGCACGCGGACAAGGCCGCCGUGCCGACAUUUAAACGGCGAAACGUGGGGAUCAACCAGCCGGACGACUUGGCGACUCAGAUCUUACCCAAGUACUUUAAACAUAACAAGGUGUCGAGCUUCCAGCGCCAGUUGAAUUACUUUGGGUUCAAAAAGUGGACCAAGACGCAGACCAACAUUUGUACCUUCAGUCAUCCCUUCUUCUACCGUGCCGACAAGGACAAGAUGAAGCUCAUUAAACGGAAAGAACGAGCACAUGCAGCAGCUGCUUCGGGCUUUUCAGCUCCGUUGACGACCACGAUCGAUCUGGAAUCCAUUGAUGAUCCAAAGACAAGCCACGACCACGAACUCGCUCCAGGACCGAUUCAGGUUCCUUUUGAAGCUUACGAUCUAGCUGGCUGCCCACAGAGUCAGCUACCAACGCAGCAAGCACUAAAGAGACAAAAGUCCACGACUCUUUCUGGUGCAACGGUGACGUUCCUGAAGUCAGGAGCUGCUGGACGUCGUCACUCGACAGGAAUGCUCCUGGCUCAGAAGCUUUGGGCUUGGCUGCAGCAGCAGCGGCUGCUGCUGCUUCGGGGGCAGCACCUUCAGCUAUAG